AUGGAGGACGAGCUACGAUGCCCUUGUUGCAAAGAGUUGUUCGUUGAGCCGGUGCUGUUGCCCUGCUGGCAUGCCCUUUGUCUGGCGUGUGCGAUUAAUUUACAAGCACCACCGGACUCUCCUCCGGAGUCCACGGCCGAUUCGUCGAAUGCGCCGGGCUCCGAUCAGGAAGCCGAUAAACUCUCGAUUCUUUCCGAGACAGAUUCCGGCGUGGUGUGCAGCAGUACGUCGACCAGCUCGCGACCUGGAAGCUAUGUCGGCACACCCGGAAACGGAGGCUUUCCACCGUCUGGCGGCACUUUGUGUCUCUCCUGUCCUGUUUGUCAGAAGACCGUUUACUUCGACGAAGGCGGAGCCCAUAAUUUGCCCAAGUACAGAGCGAUGCAACAUAUCGUAGAGAAAUAUCAAGAGUCGAAAAACACGAGAUUGCAAUGUCAAAUGUGCGAAUCCGAGCCCCGGGACGCUACCGUCGCCUGCGAACAAUGCGAGGUGUUGUACUGCGACGGAUGCAGGGAAUCGUGCCAUCCGAAACGGGGACCUUUGGCAACGCAUAACCUGGGCCCACCUCGAGGCAGCUGGCAGUCGAACGGAGGAUGCAAAGGUUCUCGCGGCCCAGUCGCGGAAACUUCGCUCCUGUGCGCCGAUCACAACGGCGAACCGUUGACGCUUUACUGCGCUCUUUGCAAGAUCGCGAUAUGCACGCUUUGCCUUCGUGAUCAUCCCCACGACGUGCUGCCGUUGGCCGCUGCUUGCAAAGCUCAGAAGACGGAGCUCUCGCAAAACCUGCAACAACUGUCGGAAAGAGCUCGCUCGACCACGGAAUUUAUACAAAGGCUCAAAGGAAUGACGGACAAAGUGCACGAAGAGUGUGCGACGUUGGAAGAAGAGGUGGAGGACAGGGUGGCAAACUUGGUGAGUCUUUUGCAGGCGAGGAAAUCUCGAUUGAUCGAAGCGGCUCGACAAACCCGCGAGGCAAGGGUGCGCUCUUUAAGGGACCAAGUGGCGAGAUGCGCGUCUCACCUACAGGCGACCACGGCGCUUCUCACCUUUUGCAUCGAAGCACUGAAAGAGACCGACAGCGCGGCUUUUCUUCAAAUUGGCGGUAUGCUCUCGGUCAGAGCCGCUACCGCCGCUGGCUCUUGGGGCGGUGCCGAGGGUGUACAAGAAAUUGCUCGACUGCCGUUGCUCGAUCUCACUCUCGAUGACAAGCCGUUGCGACGAGCUAUCGAUCAACUUACCUUUGUUCAGUUGAAACCAUCGGAAGGAGAAGAGCGAUUCCCGAUUGCAGCCCCUGGAGCCCCGAUAUUGAUACCGGAAGAGUGCAGCGCCGAGAACAACAGCGUGACUGUCGCUUGGCAACCUCCACCUGGACACGGAAUCGUUGGGUGUGCCGGUCAAAGAGGUCCCGCCAUCGAAGGAUAUCUAUUGGAACUGGACGAUGGUUGCGGCGGAGAAUUUAGGGAAGUGUACUGUGGCCGAGAAACGAUCUGUACAGUGGACGGAUUGCAUUUCAACUCUCUCUACAAUGCCAGGGUGAGGGCAUUUAACAGCGCCGGGGAAGGCGAGUAUUCGGAGCUGAUCGGUCUGCAGACAGCCGAGGUGGCGUGGUUCUCGUGGGCGACCGGGGCAUCCGGUAUACCACAGGAGGUAUCAAUUUCCGAGGACGCGAUGAGCGCGUUCUGCGAAGGUUACGAGCACCGGGUCGUCCUCUCGAGCGUCGGAUUUUCACGGGGAGUCCAUUAUUGGGAGCUGACGAUCGACCGUUAUCACAGCGACACGGAUCCAGCGUUCGGUAUAGCGAGAGCCGAAGUGUCGCGGGAUCGAAUGCUCGGCAAGGACGAUAAGGGUUGGAGCAUGUACAUAGACCGGCAGCGUUCUUGGUUCAUGCACGGCGGGGGACACGCGCAGAGGACCGAAGGUGGCGUGCAACAGGGUUCCACGGUGGGCGUUCUCUUGGAUCUGGACACCACGCAUACGCUUCGUUUCUUCGUGAACGAUCAGCCGCAGGGAGGGAUCGCGUUUCGCGAUCUCUACGGCGUCUUCUAUCCGGCCGUCAGCUUGAAUCGCGGGGUCACCGUUACUUUGCAUACAGCCUUGGACGUCCCCCGUCAUCUUUUGGCGUUGCACGAGGAAUACACGACCGACACGAUUCAGAGCUAGGGGUACCUAAUUGUCCUGAAGAAGGGCCUUUUGCAGGAAGUCGGCUCGCUCGGUUCCUCCGCUUCCAGCGACAAAUCGUCGAGGGAAUUCAACGGUCAGCUCGAAAAGAUCGUGGAGGAGAGCCUCGGUGAGACCAACUGACCACCUACGACCGACCAACCACGCUUCGACGUCACU